ACUAUUAUUUCCCAUCAGAAGAAUUGCAGCACCUGUACUUCACUUUGUGUUGCUUCAGGAGGCCAGGGAAUUUGAUGCUGAGCUCCAUUGCUGUGGCAAUUUUACGUGCACUUCAUUACCCUGGGUGGCCUGUGUGGGGCUGGUCUGUAAUGAACAUCCAGUUGCAGCUCCUGCCUCUCUGCUCUGAACCAGAGGAGGCCACCGUGCGAAGUGGAGAUGAGGAUAUGAAAGCUGGAGGGAGCUUGCUAGGGUUCUGUCAGACACCAGUGUGCCAGGUGGGGACACAAGCCUUCAGCUGGACUAUCCACAGAAGCUGGGACACCAGAUCCAAGAGCUGCAAAUAGGUGGGAGGAAUAAAUCAAAUGACGCAGCUGUUGACAGACCUGUCCCAUGGAUGCCAGAGUUCCAGGGCCAGGCCAACCUGCACGUGUUUGAGGACUGGUGUGGCAGCUCCAUCGAGCAGCUCAGGAGAAACCUCCACUUCCCUCUCUUCCCUCACACAAGAACUAUGCUGAAGAAGUUGGCCGUGUCCCCAAAAUGGACCAACUAUGGUCUCCGGAUAUUUGGCUACCUUCACCCUUUCACUGAUGGGGAGUUUCAGUUUGCCAUUGCUGCAGAUGACAACGCUGAGUUCUGGCUGAGUCCAGAUGAAAAGCCCUCUGGUCUCCAGCUGCUGGCCAGCGUAGGCAAGACGGGGAAGGAGUGGACCGCACCAGGAGAGUUUGGGAAAUUUCACAGCCAGAAGUCAAACAUGGUGAGGUUGUCACGGGAGGGCAGGUACUACUUUGAGGUGCUGCACAAGCAGGAUGACAGAGGAACGGACCAUGUGGAAGUAGCAUGGAGACUGAAUGAUCCAGAAGCGAAGUUCAAAGUCAUUGACUCCCAAUAUCUCUCCCUUUUUGCUAACGAGACACUUCUGAAGAUGGAUGAGGUUGGGCACAUCCCGCAGACACUGGCCACUCGCAGGAGCUGGGCUGCUGACAGCCCUGGCAGCGCAGUGCACCCAGCUGACAUGUUGAAGCCUGACCCCCGGGACACUCUUUAUGAAGUGCCUCUGCUCAGCAAGUCUCGUGUGCGCCGGGCCCUGCCGGACUGCCCCUACAAGCCCAGCUACCUGGUCAAUGGAUUUCCUCUGCAGCGCUACCAGGGGCUCCAGUUCGUUCAUUUAUCCUUUGUUUAUCCAAAUGAUUACAGCCGCCUGAGCCACAUGGAGAAAGACAACAAAUGCUUUUACCAGGAAAACCCUUAUUAUUUGGAAAGAUUUGGAUUUUACAAGUACAUGAAAAUGGAUCGGCCAGAGAAGAGCCUGGACUCUGGAGAAAAGACAGAGCAACCAGGCUCCCAGGAGGGGAACCUGGAUGACCUGCAGUACGAGGAGCAGGAUGUGGAGAGCACCAGUGCCCCUGAACUCGCUGGCACAGGGAGGGCAGGGCCAGCAGGCAAGGCUCCCAGCAGCGUGUUGGACACUGACAAUAUCCACGAGGACUAUUCCCUCCGGGAGCGCCGCCGCCUCCUCUCCGUCAUGGGUGAUGAUGCGGGAGAGGAGGUAUGGAGGAGGAGGACAAAAAGGUCUGGUAUCAAAUCAGCCAUGCUGGCCUCUACCAACCAAAACCUCAGCCUGACUGGCCUAGAGGGAAAUCCAGUAACGAAGAGACCCCGUUUAAAAGCUGGCGUCAAAGACAAUUCCAGGAGUCCUCCGCAGCAUGCCAGGGCCAUCCAGGGAAGAGUGCCUCUCAGAAGGACAAUCCCUCCUUCUAGGACUGUGUCUGAAAGGCAGCAAUCUCUUGGCCACCCCAGGGACUCGGGGGUCACAGUUCCCAACAGGCUAGGACCUCGAGGAGACCUCAGCACCACAAAGGACAGGCUGCAGCCAGCAGGCACCGUGCCAGCCAGGAAAGGAGGCCCAGUCUUUGGCAAAGCCAGGAGGCAGGCAGUGAGUGCUGCCAGCCCCAGCCAGCAGCCCGGGCUGCCACAGUGGCUGAGCCAGGUGCAGUCCUACGUUGCUGAGCAGAAGGUGGCCAACAAUGGGGAUGUGGGUGAAGGAGAGGCACAGGUGGCAUCUCCUUUGAAGGGCAAGUCUGGGGGAGUAGCAGAGGAGGAAGAGGUGGAUGGGGAGCCAGAGGAGGAAGAUGAGGAGGAUUUUGAUUACGUACCAGUGUUUGACCAGGCAGUCAACUGGGAGCAGACCUUCAGCAUGAGCAACCUGGACUUCCAUAUGCUGCGCACAGACUGGAUUGACCUGAAGUGCAACACCUCGGGAAAUUUGCUGCUAAGAGAAAGGGAGGCCCUGGAAGUUACACGUGUCUUCCUGAGGAAACUCAACCAGAGGAGUAAAGGGCGCUUCCAGCUGCAGCGCAUCGUGAACGUGGAGAAGCGGCAGGACCGCAUGCGGGGCAGCCGCUACCUGCUGGAGCUGGAGCUGCUGGAGCAGGGCCAGCGGCGCGUCCGCCUCUCCGAGUACGUCUUCGCGCGGGGCUGGCAGGGCAGCGGCAGCCACGAGGAGGACGAGAGGAGGAUGAGGAACCUGGUGUGGGGCCGCCGGCGGCGCCUGAUGGCCGCGGCCAGCGAGCCAGAGCUGUGCUGGCCCCAGGGGUUUUCCUGGAACCACCAGGCCGUGGUGCACUUCGUGGUGCCAGUGAAGAACCAGGCACGUUGGGUACUGCAGUUCAUCUCUGACAUGGAAGAGCUGUUCCGAGUCACCAAGGAUCCCCACUUCAGUGUCAUCAUCACAGACUACAGCAGCGAUGACAUGGAUGUGGAGAAGGCUCUGAAAAGAUCUACCUUGCACAGCUAUCAGUACCUGAAGCUGACAGGGAAUUUUGAGCGUUCUGCUGGGCUGCAGGCGGGGAUAGACCUCAUAACGGACCCGCACAGCAUUGUCUUCCUGUGUGACCUGCACAUCCACUUCCCAGCUGGAGUCAUUGAUUCAAUCAGGAAGCACUGCGUGGAAGGCAAGAUGGCCUUUGCACCCAUGGUCAUGAGGCUGCACUGUGGGAUGUCCCCACAGUGGCCCGAUGGCUACUGGGAGGUGAAUGGGUUUGGUCUCCUGGGCAUAUACAAGUCUGACCUGGACAAAAUUGGAGGCAUGAACACAAAAGAGUUUCGGGACCGCUGGGGAGGAGAGGACUGGGAGCUCCUUGACAGGAUCUUACAGGCUGGGCUGGAAGUGGAGCGUCUCUCCCUGAGGAACUUCUUCCACUGGUUUCACUCAAAGCGGGGCAUGUGGAACCGGCGCCAGCUGAAGACAGCGUAGCCUUCAACCCCAGAGCUGUUUGGCAGCGCUGUCCACCAUCUCAUCCAGAUGUGCACUUUACUGGGGCAUGCAGCCAAGUGCCCAAACUCUUCCAAUGCCUCCAGAGACCUGUGGUGGCGUGGCACAGCUGAGGAAGGGGUGAUCAGGCUAGUGGAGAGGGAGCUUCUCUUGUCAGCCGCUGCAUGUGAGACACGGGAUCCGCGUGUGGCUGGGAAGGCAUGCAGCAGAGGUGUCAAGGGAAGCACUUGUAUUUCCUGCCAUGCAGUCUGGUGGAAGGUACAGUGGGAGAGGUGCCCUGUUUCCUGUUGAGUCUUGCACCAAACAGACACAAAUCCCAGCUAAGCCUAGAAUGGUUUGUUUAGAGCAGUGCGGCUUCUCUUUCAAAACUUGAAUGGAAAAAAAAAUAGCAAAGAACUCACAACCGUCCCUAUUUCCUCUCCUUUGCCAUCUCUCCAGGACCCAUUAUUUUGGACAGGAGACCAAAGUUCUCUGAUCUGUAUUGCACCCACAUGCCCAUGUGCUGACUUAAGGAAAUCUGGAUGCAGAGGAGCUCCUAAGCACUUUAGGCUGCUGGUGCUUAGAUGUUUCUCUGUGCUUUUCAGUUUGGUCAUUAUGAAAAAUUGUGUUGAGCAAAUUAUGGGCUGUGGAUGGAGUUGCAAAUACAUUUCCCUUACAGGAGCCACGUUUGCCUGUAGCUGGGUGAGCUGGCAAGGGUGAUGUGACAAUUCCACCUGAAUUAUUGACACACUGCCUGAGGGUAGUGGAGGGUCUAUACAGAGAAGCUAACAGAGCAUCUCAGGAGGAACUUUGCAGCCUUAUCUGACAGACAUGUGUUUGUCCUAGCAAUAUCAGGGAAACCCUAACAGGGAAGAAGUGGCAAUAUUUUAUUAGUUGAAGUAUUGUGAUUUGUCAGAAGAGGAGACAGUCUUCUGCUCUCAAAAUCCUGUACAUUUAUGCAGCAUCUAAAAGUUAAUUUAAUAAGUUAUGGCCUCACAGUUUUGUCUUGUCAUAGUUUGACUCUUAAGUAUAGAGCAGGCUUCUUGGUUGGAGAACCAACACAGCCGUUGGUGCUUCAUCUCUGGAACAGCCUGGCAGCUCUGGCCUGGUACAGAGGAGGUGGCCUCAGGUCUUGGCACAUGAACUGGGUGUAGCAAACAGUGAGGACAGAAGAGCAUUGAGUGAAUAAAAGGAUGGGCAAACCCAUGCUGUCAUUGAUGGAAGAACAGCUGGCCUGGUGCUACAGGGAAGUCUCAUCCCCUAAAACUCUUGUUAAUGUAAGGCAAGAUUUUUUUACCCUGUAACCAUUUUAGAAGGCUAUUUAAACCCAGAAAUCUCAGCUCACUCAGGGCUGUACAGCUUCAGUGUCUCCAAAUAUGCUGAAAAGUGCUCAAGCUUGAGGGGAGAGUGUGACAUAGGAUGCUGCUCAUGGUGCCCAGUUCUGUGGGGAGUUCUGGGAAGGAGUAAUGGAUGUAUGCAGAAUACAAGCAAAGCUGACUGGUACUAGACUUUUCUGCUCUUUGCUGAUGGAGUAGAUGCCAAUUCAGAAUUGGCAUUAAUUUAUUACUGUGUCUGUGGUUCUUGAUGAGUCCAUCAAGUUCCGCCAUUGCAGUAGAAAAUUGAACAUGCAAGUUCUGGCACGUGAGAUAGAAAUCAUGUCAAAUCAUCUGUUUGCAUCAGUCUGACUUUUGUGAGUGAUGGAUUUAGAAAAAGUCAACCAGAUACCAGAAAGUUCUGCUGUGCAGUGUGGAGCUGUGGUGAGAAGUAGACAGGAGAUGGCUGUGUCUGUGAAUCCAUGGAGACACUGAAUAUCCCAGAAGAGGCAGCCUUAGCCA